AUGAGUCCUCCCGGAUCAGCAAUCUCACUAAUCUCGAUUGCCACCACUGCCACUUAUGCUUCCACCCCGUCAACUGACUCAUAUAUCAAUGAUAUUAAUAAGUCAAGGAUUAACGAUGGAUUCGUGGAAAUGUGCAACCACAUCACUAUGGUGGAAACCGGCAGAAGUAUUCUUCUGGGGCGGAAAAUUCAGUCACACAAUGUCAAGAAGCGCGACCCCAACGAUAUGAACACAAUGAUAUGGACUUCUGAGAUGGAUCGUGACUACAUCUAUGCAAGGACGCAGGAGACCGCUUUGCCAACAUGA